AUCGACGGGGAUUCGAUAUAUAUCGAGUUGGAUGUUCGAUGAUCGAUGUCAAACAUCGAAGGUGUAAACAGUGUUCUUUACGUGGUGCGUUUCGGACGUUGCCUAGAAUUGUAAAUAAAGUUUUCUCGUUAUAAUGGCCAAUUUCACUGACGAUUUGUUCGACGUUUUCGAAGAGACGGAAGAAGUGAUAGAAGUGAUACCGACACCAGUGAAACAGAAUGAUGUAAAAACGGCUUUAAAUGAAAAGACAGUAGAGACAGAAAGCAGUUCGAAACGUGGACUUGAUUCAGGCGAAGGUGGCUCUGCUGAAAUAAUUGCGAAAAAAUUCAGGCCAGAUCCUGUUUUGGAGGAUUUAAACAUAGAAGAAUUAGCUUCACGCAUCAAAAUACAUAGUAUAGAGACAAUCGAGUCUUGCACACACGAAGUUGCUGUUCCACCGGAUUAUGAAUAUAUACCACUGGAAAGUAAACAAGGGAAAUCAGCGAAAGAAUAUAAAUUUGUACUAGAUCCCUUCCAGAAAGAAGCAAUAUUGUGUAUAGAAAACAAUCAGUCUGUUUUAGUUUCUGCACAUACAUCAGCUGGUAAAACUGUUGUCGCAGAAUACGCCAUAGCUUGUUCGUUAAGAGACAAACAAAGAGUAAUCUAUACUACUCCUAUAAAGGCACUGAGUAAUCAGAAGUACAGAGAAUUCUUUGAGGAGUUCAAAGAUGUUGGUUUGGUAACCGGUGAUGUUACCAUCAAUCCGACGGCCAGCGUUUUGAUUAUGACUACCGAAAUUUUAAGAAACAUGCUUUACAGAGGAUCCGAGGUAAUGCGUGAAGUCGGAUGGGUAAUCUUCGAUGAAAUCCAUUAUAUGCGUGAUAAAGAAAGAGGCGUUGUAUGGGAAGAAACGUUAAUAUUGUUACCAGACAAUGUGCAUUACGUAUUUCUUUCUGCUACUAUACCCAACGCGCGACAAUUCGUGGAAUGGGUUGCACAUUUGCACAAACAACCAUGCCAUGUUGUUUACACAGACUACAGACCAACACCGUUACAACAUUAUAUAUUCCCCGUUGGCGGGGAUGGAAUUCACUUGGUUGUAGACGAAACCGGCCAAUUUAAAGAGGAAAAUUUUAAUAGAGCGAUGGCAUGCUUGCAACACGGCGAUGCAGCUAAAGGUGACACAAAAGGUCGUAAAGGAGGUAUGCGAGCAUCAAAUGCUGGACAGACAAAUAUUUUUAAGAUGGUGAAAAUGAUUAUGGAAAGAAAUUUCGCGCCUGUAAUUAUAUUCAGCUUCUCAAAGAAGGACUGUGAGAUUUAUGCGAUGCAAAUGGCUAAAUUAGAUUUGAAUACGGUAGAAGAAAAGAAAUUAGUUGACGAAGUGUUCAAUAAUGCCAUGGAUGUUCUGAACGAAGAGGACAGGCGUUUGCCACAAGUUGAAAAUGUUUUACCACUUCUAAGACGUGGAAUAGGAAUUCAUCAUGGUGGACUUUUGCCUAUUCUAAAAGAAACUGUGGAAAUAUUAUUUGGUGAAGGAUUAAUAAAAGCGCUUUUCGCAACAGAAACUUUUGCGAUGGGAUUGAACAUGCCAGCGCGAACAGUAUUAUUUACCGCAUCGCGAAAAUUCGACGGUAAAGAUUUCCGAUGGAUUACUUCUGGUGAAUACAUACAAAUGUCUGGUCGAGCGGGUAGAAGAGGGCUAGACGAAAAGGGAAUAGUAAUACUAAUGAUCGAUGAACAAGUUAGUCCAGUUAUUGGUAAAGCGAUUGUGCAAGGAAAAGCAGACCCUAUUAACUCAGCAUUUCAUUUAACUUACAACAUGGUUCUAAAUCUCCUAAGAGUCGAAGAAAUUAAUCCAGAAUACAUGCUUGAAAGGAGCUUUUAUCAAUUUCAGAAUCAAGCCUCUAUCCCUGAUUUAUACAAUAAGGUAAAGGAAUUACAAGCAGCAUAUAACGCAGUGAAUAUUGAAAAGUAUAGUCAAAUAUCGUCUUACCAUGACAUACGUGAACAACUUGAACGUCUUACUACUAAUUUUCGAUCUUACUUGACAAAACCAGAGUAUUUACUACCUUUCCUUCAACCUGGAAGGCUAGUGAAAGUUAAAAAUGAAAAUGAAAUGUUCGACUGGGGUAUUAUAGUAAAUUUCAAGAAGAAGAACCCAAAGAAUCCAACAGGAAAGGAAAAUACAGUUAUUAUCAUUGAUAUUUUACUUCACAUUUCCAAAGAUUCUAGCGAAGGGUGUCCGGUACCUUGUCGCAAAGGGGAAGAAGGUGAAGUGGAAGUGGUCCCUGUAUUGCACACAUUAAUUUCCCAAAUAAGUUCCCUUAGAUUGUAUUAUCCAAAAGAUUUAAGACCAUCGGACAACAGGAAAAGUGUGUUGAAAACGAUACAAGAAGUAAAGAAAAGAUUUCCCAAUGGACCACCACUUCUGAAUCCUAUUACAGACAUGCGAAUAGAAGAUGAAGGAUUUAAGGAUAUCGUUAAAAAAAUUGAAGUACUCGAAGAGAGAUUGUAUGCACAUUCUCUACAUAAGGACCCCAAUGUAAAUACGCUAUACGAACAAUUUUUGAACAAAGAGGAUUUGGGCAAUCGAUUAAAGCAAGCCAAAACAGAAUUGAAAAAAGCCAAAUCGAUACUUCAAAUGGAUGAGUUGAAAUGUAGAAAAAGGGUACUGCGAAGAUUAGCAUAUUGCACAGUGUCUGAUGUUAUAGAAUUAAAGGGUCGUGUGGCCUGUGAACUUAACGGUGCCGACGAAUUGUUGAUGACAGAAAUGAUCUUCAAUGGUUUAUUCAAUUCGUUGAGCGUGCCACAAAUGACAGCAUUAAUCAGUUGUUUCGUUUGUGACGAUAAAUCGAACGAAAUGCCCAAGUCUACCGAGGAGUUAAGUGGUCCGCUUAGACAAAUGCAAGAUUUAGCUCGAAGAAUAGCGAAGGUAUCUACAGAAGCCAAUUUGGAACUAGACGAGGAUGCAUACGUGGAAAGGUUUAAACCCUAUCUCAUGGAUGUAGUGUAUACUUGGUGUAAAGGAGCUUCAUUUUUACAAAUUUGUAAAAUGACAGAUAUAUUUGAAGGUUCAAUUAUACGAUGUAUGCGUCGUUUAGAGGAAGUUCUUAGGCAAUUGUGUCAAGCGGCGAAAAACAUUGGAAACACAGACUUAGAGAAUAAAUUUAGCGAAGCGAUUAAACUUAUAAAACGUGAUAUUGUCUUCGCCUCAUCUUUGUAUUUAUAAUAAAAAUUCUUAAAAAGAUGUGCUAUUAUUUAAAA